AUGGGCAAGAUAAGCUUCCUUCCAACUCUCGAAGACGCAUAUGGCUCCCUUUCGCCGGACCAACUAGAAAUUUUGAGGCAGCAAGUCCUGUCAGAAGGUGGCGAGCUAGCCUCGAUACAGUCGAGGUUCAACUACGCAUGGGGACUGAUCAAGUCCACCGAGCAGGACGACCAAAGACUAGGCGUGAAGCUGCUAACAGACAUCUACAAGGAGUCGUCGAUGAGGCGGCGCGAGUGCCUCUACUAUCUGACGAUCGGUUGUUACAAGCUGGGGGAGUUUUCCACUGCUAAGAGAUAUUCCGACGCACUGUGCUCGCACGAGCCGGACAACAAACAGGCCCGGACACUACAGUCAAUGGUCGAGAACAAAAUCCAGCGUGAAAGCUUCAAAGGAAUAGCGAUUGCCAGUGGGUGCGUCGCAGUGGCCGCCACCGUCGCAGGCAUGCUGUUCAGAAAAAAGCGCUGA